AUGGCCGCAGCACCGCCGUCUGACGCCGCCGCCGCCGCCAAACCCGGGACGUCCUACUCGACCGACCCGGCCCUCUACCUCUACACCUCGCUCACCGCCGGCUCCUCCCACAUCGUCACCGCCACCUCGCGCCUCGAGACCAUCCUGCGCGCCAACCGCGUGCCCUUCAAGGCCAUCGACAUCGCCACCGACGAGAAGGCCCGCAUGCUCUGGGGCCGCCGCGCCGGCAAGGACGAGGGCGGCCGCCUGCGCAAGCUGCCGGGCCUGGUGCAGAUGGGCCUGGUCCUCGGUGACCUCGUCGAGAUCGAGGACUGGAACGAGUACGGCGAGCUCAAGCAGCAUGUGACCAUCUACUACGACGACUUCACCCAGCCCCCGAUCAGCCAGAAGCCCAAGACCCCUCCCCCGGCCGUCAAGAAGCCGGCCAUCCCGGCGGCGACGGCCGCGUCAGCCGCCGCCGCCGCACCUCCCGCACCGCCGCCGCCGCCCGCGAGCAAGUCGACUGCCGACUCCUCGACCGGCCAACAACCCAAGUCGGCCGCCGCCGCCGUCGCCGACACCGUGUCCAAGGUGACGAUGCCCAUCCGCAGCAUCGCCGAGGAGGCCGCCGCCAGGGCCAAGCAGGUCCACCUCCAGAGCCUCCGGGAUAAGGUCUACGGCAAGGGCGGGAGCAAAGACGACGACUCCGCCGCGGACAAGGACAAGGACAAGGCAGACAAGAAGGACGACGGAGGAGAGGAGGAGGAGACGUCAGCGGGCGCCCCCAAGACGCCGGAGAAGAAGCAGGUAAAGAGCAUCAGCAUCCCCCCGGCCGCCGCCGACGUCUCGACCGCCUCGCUGUCGACGACCCGCAGCGCCGAGCCGGGCCUGCAGUCCCCGACGACGGGCACGUGGCGGGACGGCGCCUCGGCGCGCAGCCGGGGCGGCGCGGCGAUGCACACGGUGCAGAGCCCCACGUCGACGAGCUGGAAGCCGACCGACGUCGACGCGCCCAUCACGACGUACCAGGGCGCGCGGGUCGCGUCCGUGUCCGAGGAGGAGAUCCAGGCCAUCGAGAAGGCGCAGGCGAUUGAGGAGAGGCCCGAGGAGGAGGAGGAGGAAGAAGAGGAGGAGGAGGAUAGUGAUGAGGAGGAAGAGGAGGAGGACAAAGAGGGCGAGAAGAAGAAAGAUACCACGGCGGGGAAGAAGUAG